AGCACACCGGAUGGGUCUUUGUUUACUACGGCCGUCCGUACACUGAUGAUAGCCGUUGUAGCCGCCGCCGCCGUCGCACGUCCGUUUGCCCCGUUCGGCCGUUCGCUUUUUUCGACCGUUUUUCAUCCUGUCCGUCCGCGCCAUUUUCCGCUCGUUUUCCGACGGUAAACGAUACGCCGAACCGUCCGGACGCGAUAUUAUAAUAUCGUUUGUCCCCGCUUAGCCGGUCAACGAUAUUAUAUCGCUGUCUGCGCCGGCCGAGUCCGAACGCCGUCGAUUCAUUAUCAUAUUUUAUUAUCGCCGUUAUCGUUAUCGUCCAGUGGUGGAGGUACAAUCGACUGUACGCACAUCACUAUAAUAUUAUUAAUAAAUAAAUUUUGGGCACCCACUCGGGGUGGUACUUGUCGUAUUUUUAGUCCGUCGAGCCCGAUAUUUGAGUCGCCUCCGUUAACGUGAAAACGACACAACGACUGCUGUGACCCACUGGUUCUACUUCUACGACUACAGACUGUUCUCAGGUACCAGAUGCCAAUGUCGAGCCCCACGGUGGAGAAUUGGCAAUGUCGUCGGUUUGUUCGAUUAGAAUAAUAUUAUCGUCACAUCACACUGCUGCCGUGCUCGAGACGCUGGUGAUGCGACUGCGACACGAUGAAAGUCACUGUCUGCUUUGGUUCAACUAGGGUCAUCGUCCCCUGUGGACGUGGAGAAAUAUUGGUCAGAGAUUUAAUUCAACAGGCUAUCACUCGAUACAAGAAAGCCACUGGAAAGAGCUCAAAUUCAUGGGUGACCGUCCACAGUUUGCAGUCUCAAAGUGAUGGUGGUAUCUUGGAUCCAGAUGAUCGUCUCAGGGAUGUGGCGGAUGAUAGAGAACAAAUUGUUGCACUCUAUGAUGACGGUGAUAGCAAUAGUCCUCACCAACACGGUGGUGGAGAUGGAGCUAGUGUUACCUCUAGUCCAGAUAUGUUCCACAGCCGAGAUGGAUUACAAACUGACAUUGAAGUCACUAAUGAACAAAUUGCUUGUGGUUUCCCAGCUUUACAUGUCCGUAGAGGUAGUGAACCAGCUCUUAAUCAAUUACCACUUGAAUGUCCAAACAAUUUGGGCAAAAGAAAUAGCAAUACUAGACCUGCUGCAUCAGGUCAAUCUAAACGAUGGUCAGCAGCUCCUAUGAUUCACGACCCCAAAGAAAAACUAAGAACCGAUGAUUACAUGAAAAUCAAUGGGUUUGGUUUAUCUGACAAAUGGAGGUGUUCUGAAGAAGAUGAAGAUGAGUUAGAAUUAGGUGAUAAAGAUAAACCACCAAUUAGCAAUCAUUUUCUUGCACCAUCAUUUCAUCGUGAUUCUUCGAAUCGUUUAUCCAUGCAAUUCUUGGGAGAGUCAUCAAGUGGGUUUCGGUGGGCAGAGGCUGCUGAUUUGGCAAAUAAUCGAGCCUUAUCAUUAUCAUUACCAAGAGACCACAGAAGGAAAGAACCGUUGGGGCAAGCAAAUACAAAUCCUAGUCACUUACCAGAGUCACAAAACACUGAAUUUAUAGUGUUAAGCACUGGUGGUGGCUCAUUAGGCAUUCAUGUUGUCCCAGAUUACAAUGCUCUAGGCAAAGAACGGGGUCUUCUUGUUCAAGGUAUUGAACCUGGUGGUCGGGUGCACUGUGAUGGCAGAUUGAAAGUAUAUGAUCGAAUUAUAGAAAUCAACGGCCGGUCGUUAUUGGAUCAACCAUUUAAUGCUAUACAAGAAAUAUUUCGAGAUUCACUACACUCUUCAGAACUCAGACUUAGAGUGGUAAAACAUAAGAAUAAUAUGGACAUUCAAACUAGUCAAAAUACGGUGGCUGGUAAUAAAAAACAGCCACCGCCACCAGUGUUUCCUAAACCAUCCUCAAACACUACUGCAACUUAUAGUAAUAAAGAAAAUGUUUCUACUGGAUCAUCUGAUAAAGAUAAAAUCAACUCAAAUACUAAAAUAGCCACCAUUUCCCCAACCAAAAAAAUAUCAGCUGCAACACAUACAGCAUCCAAUAUCUUGAUGGUGGCUAACACUAGAAAAAUUGGAAAGAAAAUGGAAUUAGAACUUACUAAAGGACUUCAUGGACUUGGAUUCAGUAUUACAACAAGAGAUAAUCCAGCUGGAGGAAAUUGUCCAAUUUACAUAAAAAAUGUGUUACCAAAAGGAGCUGCUGUUGAAGAUGGACGAUUGCGACCAGGUGAUAGAUUAUUAGCAGUUAAUGGUACAGAAUUAACAGGCAAGACUCAAUCUGAAGCAGUUGCUGUAUUGCGAAAAGUCCCAUCUGGUGCAAAGGUUAAAAUUAUUGUUUCUAGACAAGAAGAUGUAGUAAAUAGCCAAGUAGGCCAGAAAUCUAAUCAAGAUCUAGAUGAAAAUGAUGAACAAGAAGUAGGAAUUUCAUCAGAAAAUCAAUUAAUAGAAACAAGUGAAAAAUCCAACAGUAAUACAGUUCAGGAAUACGUUAAAAGCUUGGAAGAAACACAAACAUUUCCUUGGAGACAUAAAGAAAUACUGACCUUUGACAUUCCUGUGCAUGAUUCAGAAAAAGCUGGUUUAGGUAUUAGUGUUAAAGGUAAAACAUCAUCUAGUAAUAACUCUAAUGAUAAAGACUUCUCACAAGACUUAGGUAUAUUUAUCAAAAAUGUUAUUCACGGCGGUGCUGCUUCAAGGGAUGGUAGAUUACGUACUAAUGACCAGCUAUUAUACAUAAAUGGUAUGUCAUUGAUUGGCCAAACUAAUGCAGCAGCUAUGGAAACAUUACGUAGAACUAUGAUGAAUGUAGAUCCUGGGCCAGUACCUGGAGCUAUUUCAUUGAUAGUAGCCCGCCGACGUAAUAGCUCUCCUACAUUAGAUAGAAGACGUAGUCGUGACUCUUCGUCAAGUCUACUUACAGAUUCAUCGGCAAACACUGAAACAUUUAGCCGAGCUGAAAGCAGUGAUAGUAGUACUCAAAAUACGGCAGAAAAUUCUGGAACAAGUGAAAACUCUGAUACCACUGUUAUCUUUAUGCAUCAAAGACAAGGAUCAGAGACUUCAAAACGGAAUACAUUACCUGCAGCUACUUCUCCAGAUGGAAUUGCAAUUCGCAAUCCAGUUUUGGAAAGGUUAACUGGACACUCAAAUCGCUAUAAUGCAUUGCGCAAUGAAAGUUAUUAUAAGGCUACACAUCAAACAACAAUUAUGUUGAAAGAAGAAGAAAAGUUAAAUAGCCCUACUGUAAAUCCAUCAUCAGAAGAGAUGUUAAUUAUUGAAGAAGACCCCCCAAUUUAUAAUACUGUUAGUCGGAAAAAAAUAGAGGAAGAUAAACCAUCACCAAUCGUAUCGCCACAAACAAGAACUGGUUCAACUAGCACUGAUGUUACUUAUGCCAGCCAAUUAUCAUUGGAUAAUGCCAACUCAGGAUUUUCAAGAGAUGCAUUCGGACGGCAAAGUAUGUCUGAAAAACGACAUGCAACGUUAGAUGCCAAAAAUACUGAUACAUAUCAAAGAAAUAAAAAAUUGCGUGAAGAGCGUGGAGAUGAUCCCAAAAUUCGCAAUGGUUUUCCACCAAAACAGCAACUUGGACCUUCUCUUGGGUUGAAAAAAUCUUCCAGCCUGGAAUCAUUACAAACAAUGGUACAAGAGGUGCAAAUGACCGAUGGUGGAUCAAAACGGGGAAAUGUUAAAGUAGUGCGUGGUAGAGGAUGCGAUGAAAGUUUUAGAGCUGCAAUUGAUAAGGAUGGUCCAUUGUCUUUACAUGAACUAAGAUUGGAAACAUAUGGGAAGGAGAGUGAUGAUCAUCCAAUUGGUCGUAGACAGUCAUCACUUCAUUCUCCACCAAAUUACAAAGUUCCAAAUACACCACCAGUCGUUGCUAACAAGAAAAAACCAGGACUACUUAAAGGGAUUGGUUCCAUGUUUAGAUUUGGUAGUAAACCUCGACGAGGACCAGAUUUAAAUGGUACUUUAAGCUCAGAAGAAGAUAACUCUGCUGACCGUGAACGAGAAAUAGCCAGAAGAAAUGCUCGUGAUGAACAACUUAGAAUACAAGAACAAUACCAAAGACUAAUUCAGCGACAGGCAGAAAUGCAAGAACAAAAUCAUUGUAGAGAAAUAGCUAUAGAUGAUGGUACAGCCAAUUAUUCAAAUGUGCCUGCAAAACCGUCUAAUCCUGAACAAUCUCGUAUGGAUCGUAUCCAACAACUUCGAGCUGAACAUCAAAGAAGACACAUGGAACGUAGUGGAAAGUUUAUUCCUGAUGAGAGGGACGAAAAUCAUUAUGAAUCUGACGUUCGACAGCCCAUCGGUAAUACUCAAAAUGCAAUAAAUCGACCUGGUAGUCGUGUAGGUAUAAUUGAUUCUUCUCGAUUUAACCAUUACGUCAAUUUCCAAGAAAUACAGCAGAAUCUUAGUUUGAUGCAUGAAAUACGCGGCGUUAAGCUUCGACACCAUGGCAAAACAAAAAAACCCGUGUCUUGCUAUUAUGACACCGACGAUGAAAGCCGAAGGCAGUUGCACUAUCAUUCUCAAAGACGUGACCCUAAGGAAUCUGUUGCACGACCUAGUUCUAAUUAUUACGAAUAUGAAAGCGUGAUGAGAUCUCUACCGUACACGACCGGCGGCCCAUCACGUCUGGUGGACAACAAUUCUAACUCGUUGACUAGACAAGUAGGCAGUGUUACUCAAACUGCGGCAGUGGCGGCAGCAAACAACAACAAAAAUGGUGCUGGUCGUAGUCAAAAACAACAAUCGUCUCGGCAUCAUUAUCCUGUUCCUGCGACCAAGUCACCAAACUAUGCGCUAUACAACUACGGAAGCAGUGAUGCUCAAGGACACAACAGUAUGCAACAGCAUCAGCAGCUACAACACAGAGGGCCGACAACCAACAACAAUUAUGCUAGUAGUAUGUACCAUGAUCACAAUCAUCAACAGCAACAGCAAAGGUCUUCGCCGCAACAAGGUCCAUACAUAACCCAAGUCACCAUUCGAGAUAACAAACACAUAAUACAAAGUCCUAACAUUUAAUACCAUAUUCCUCGUAGGAACAAUAUUAUUUGAUAAAAAUUAUUAUUAAUUUCACGUUAAACUACAUUUUGUUUUUAUUUUAACACACUGACCAUGUUGCAAUAUUUUCCCCCUCUAUAAAGUGUUUUUUCAUGGUUAUUUUAAUUAUUUACACCAUCACACAUAGUCUUAAUUUAAUUCCUUUACUUUAAUACAUUUUACCAACUUAUUGUAGCCGUAAAAGUUUUUUUUUUAUUUUCUUAAAUAACCACUGUAUGUUUUCUCAUUUUUUAUAUUCAUAUUUACAUACAUUUGUAAAUAUUUUAAUCACAUCAGUAAUAAUUUAAUUGGUCAUGUUUUUCUUAUGCUACCGUUGUUUAUAUUAUUAUAAACAUUCUUUGCUACAUUUUUGACAAAUCUUAACCCAACCAUCUAUUUAAGUUAUUAAUGUAACUUUUAUGGGAUUAUUAACUUCACUAACAUUUUGUGUAUUUUAUAUAAAUUCUUAACUGGGUUAUCAUUUGAACAAAGAUUUGCCAAUCAAGUUUAAAAAAAAGAGCAAUGACAAAUUUAUCAAACCAUUAUUUUAUUAUAUAUUAAAUACAGAUUAUUAAAUGUUGUUUGUUAAAUAUUUCGUAAUUGUUCAGAUAAAUUUUUAUUUUUUAAAUUACAUUUUUCUGUGAUAUGAUGUGAUGCAAUCAUUGGAUGUAGGUUAUGUAGGUUCAUGAUAUUAUAUAAGAUGUUAUGCAAUUUAAUAAAUCACUUACCACUAACGAGUGCCUUAAAUCAACAAUAUAAUAUAUGAAAAAUGUAUACAAGAGGCUGAUUAUAGUCUUUUUUCCAAUAUCUAAUAGAAAAACACCAUGGCCCACUCUAUACAACACAUAUAAUAUAUUAUUAUUGUUUAUCAUUCUUUUAUUAUACUUUUUGUCAUGUUUAUUCUUGUUAUAAUUAUCCAUAAAUAGGUAGUAUUAAAUGAAAACUAUAAUUUAAAUUAUCUUUCCUGCAUAUCAAUUUAUUAUUAUAGUCUACAAAGUUUAAAUACUUUAUUUAUUUUUUUAGAAGAUUAUCCAAUUCUUUUUAUUUUCUCAACGUAGUUUUCAAAAAUUUGUAUUACCCUUAUAAUGUCUCCACCGUCCAUAAAUAGUAUAAAUGGAAUGUAGUUUUUUUUUAUUUGCAUGUAAGUUAUUGUUUUGUGCCAUCAAAUAAAUAAUAGGAAUACAGACAUUCCCAAACAUUUUCCCACAUAAUGUCCUGUCUCCUUAGUUUUAAUCUUAUUAUCUUAUUAUGUAAUUGUAUGUUUUUUUUUAUUUUUGCAAUACUAGUUGCUCAACUAUGUAAAUUUAGUACUUAAAAAAUACCAAAUUACUUGCGCAGUAUUAACAAUGCGUUUUAUUUUCUUAUAUUAUGUAUUGUCUCCUUACAGUAUUUCUAUUACAUUAAUUUUUUUUAAUUAAUUAUUGCUUAUUAUUAAAUCAUAUUGUAUUACUAUUAAUGUUUAUAAGUUCCUGUUAAAUGAUAUGAAACAGCUAUUAAAUACAGCCGAAAUCUCUUCUUCGACAGUUUUCUCUCUCUAAUAGCUUUUAAAAUUAGAUAUAAUUAGAUAUUAUACAUAAUGUUACUUCUCUAUGAAAAUUAUAUCGUAUAAUUUAAAUAUAUAUAUUUUAACUAUGUAUUGAUAAGUGCAUAAAUUUAUUUUGUAUACAAUAUAAUUUACUAAUUAAUUAUAAGUCAGGUAAAAAACUAUGUCAACUAUAAGCAAAUAUAUUUAAUUAUGUAGAUAAUAAUGUAGACAUUUACUACAACAUGCACAUCAAUUAUAAAUUACUUGUUACUUACAACAUUAUUAUUAUGUAUCAAACUUUGUAAUA